GCCUUUUCCCCAUUAUUGUAUCACUGGAACUUUUGGUAAUAUUAUGCUUUAUAGGUUUCUUGAAAUUAUGUAUUUGAUACCAUUUUGACAGGGCUAUUAUACUGCUUUAUCCUGUUUUUUUUCCCCCACCGAAUAUGAAGCACUGAUCUAGCCCCAGUGUUACUAUCAGUCUUCGUCUGUUAUCAGUGCGCGCGCGAGCACUGUGGAUUUGUGGAAAAUGCGGAAGCUAAACCGGAAGUGAGUGUACAUUGUUGAGGAAAAGUUCCUACAGACACAUAUCCAGGUGGAUGAACCUUCAAGAGCGGCCAAGAAAACGCAAUGGCAAGCCUGUGUGAUGCUAGCUGAUCGCUUGACAUAACCACACACUGACCCAAAGGGUGGAGUUAGCUUCGGGGAGCAGCUUGCUUUAAAGGAAUCAAGGGAACUGAAUUUCGGCAUUUGUGUAGUUUGACGUGGGAAACAGGUCGAAACCAUUGCUUAGCUAAACUGUAUUGUUCCAGAAAACAAAACUGAAAACAAGAUGGAGGACUCCAAUGGCAGUAAGCCCUUUAUGGUAACUUCUUCCCUGUCUUUCCAAGUCACUACGCCUUCUUUCUACAACCAGCCAAAAAAGUUUGCCUCUGUGGCCCCUCCUCGACCCAAAGGACAGUCUACCCAAUCACAGUCUCCAACCUUCUCCUCGUCAUUUGCAAGCAUAGCUACAGUUGGCCGGGUUGGAGAGAUUCCACCACCUCCUUCAUCCAUUAGUGAUGAUUUUCCACCCCCUCCUCCUCCACUGGACGCAGAGCUGCCAGCCCCUCCCCCAGAAUGUCAGCUCUCACCCCCUGCAUCUGAGGCCCCUCCCCCUGCAUUCCCUCCCCCUCCCCCAGUUGCAGAAGACUUGCCCCUCCCAGCACCUCCUGAAGAUGUGAGCUUCGUGCCCUCAGAUUCUUCUCCCGCUCCUCCUCCACCUCCUCCCCCUCCCCCUCCUGCACCUCCACUCCCCGAGCCUGGCACCAGUCUUCAGAAAUCGUUGGAGAAGCAGACUAGUUUUGACCGACAGCUAGACUCUCUAACUGAUAUGUUAUCAGAAAUGGAAACAAGAAAACCUUUCAACCCAAAGGUGUCCAGUCAUCUGUCAUCAGUGCCCACCCCAAAGCCACCUGCUCCUCCUCCCACAGCCCCCAAACCCUCCCUGUCUUUCCUGCCCCCACCAGAGCUGCAGGAUCGCCCUCCACCUGCCCCCUGGGCAGAAGAGCUACGUGCUCGUACCACACUGAGACAAGGUGGCACAAGCACAGCCUCUCCUCCAGCAUCUGGACCACCUCUGGGUAAAGGACCUGCAGCUGCUCCAAAGACCACAUUCACUCCCAGCCAGCCUGCUUCUAAUUUUAGCCCCAGACCUGGAAACAGCGUGAGCUCUGCAGCUCCACAAGGGGUUAACCUUGCCCCCAAAGUCACCUCUCACAUCUCUUUCCCUCCACCACCUGCAGCACCACCCGGUCCUCCUCCACCUCCAGCAAGUGUCCCCGCCCCUGCCCCAGCUGUCAGUAAUGCCAAAGCCUCCCUUUCAGUCAAUCAGGAGAAAACAUCUCCAGCUCCAGCUUCUCCACAGCCUAAACCAGCACCAUCUCCCACUUCCACAGCAUCACCAUAUGGCAGCGCAAAGGCCAGUCCAACCCCACCCAAGGCAGCACAGCCAAAAGCCCCUGGAGCAGGUGCACCCCCUGGUGGUGUUCCUCUCUCAAUGCGAGAAGUUGAAGAGCUGGAAAGGAUGACCAAAGAUUUCAUUAAAGACAUGGACAACCGUGCCCCAGUUAUCACCUCUGCACCUACAGAGGUGUGUGGAAAGUGUGGAGAGGCUCUGUCCAGGUCUCAGCCUGCAGUCAGGGCGAUGGACAAACUUUUCCACUCGCACUGUUUCUGCUGCAUGACGUGCCAUCGCCCCCUGCAGGGAAUGCAGUUCUAUGACCGUGAUGGAACGCCAGAGUGCGAGGAGUGCUAUGUGAACUCUCUGGCAGUUUGUUCUCGCUGUGGGGAGCGGAUCACGGAUCGCGUGCUGAAAGCAGUGGGCCAGUGUUUCCAUGCUCACUGUUUCCGCUGCACUGCCUGUAGCUGCACACUGGAGGGCUCUCCAUUCAUCACUGAUGACAACAACAACCCCUACUGUGUCACUGAUUACCACCGACGUUUUUCUCCUCUGUGCGUGAGCUGCAAUGAGCCAAUUGUUCCUGACCCAGGCAGUGAGGAAACCCUCAGAGUUGUAGCCUUGGAGAAGAACUUUCAUCUUAAGUGCUACAGAUGUGAGGACUGUGCCCGCCCGCUCUCUAUAGAGGCAGAUGCUGACGGCUGUUAUCCAUUGGACGGGAAGAUUCUCUGCAUGAAGUGCCACACAAAGCGUGCCAAGCAGGCCAUGAAGUGAUUGGUGGAGACUCCUGUCACUCAUUAAAAACCAAACCUAAAAUCAAAGAUUGACUCUGCUCUGAUUCCAGGCAUUUGAUGCAUUGUUUUUGUGAGUUUUGUAAUUCUUUCCUUUUGCCACUAUUUGUCAUAGAGCCUUGUUUUUCUGUCCCUUUCCAUAGCUUUAUCAGCAAGCCCAGAACUUAAUAACUACAGCAGCUCUGUUGGUUGUUGGUUUUUUUUUAUGCAUGUCCUUUAGAAAAACCCUCUUCACCUCUCUCCAGGUCCUUUCUCAAACAGCUUCAUCGAUGUUUACUGCAAAAUCACAAGCACACCAUCUCAGCAUGUGGUUGCUUGAAUACAGUGUUCUGACAGGUCAUGUAAUUUAACAAAUGAGAACAGGGUUUUUUAGGAUGUGAUAUGAGAUUGUGUAACUAUGUGACUUUAUUUCUAGUUCAAUGCAACUCUUCAACUCCUAGCGUGCUUUGCACAGGCAGAACAACAACUCUCGUAAAGCUUAGCACAGCCUCCGGAACAAAAAGAUUAAAGAUUAAAGGAAAGUUAGUGUUGCUUAUGAAUAGUAGUAUUAAAUAAAUAUGAAAUAUUCGAACUAGUGAGCAGCUGAGCAAAAAAAACGCUUUUAGAAAAUUUGCUUUCCAAUUAGACCUGCAGCUGCAUAGAUGCAUAUAAAGGCUGGUAGGGAAUUAUAUGUGUUGCAUAAUGGGUUAGUCUAUGAACAAAGCUUUGUUUGUGUUUGUCUUGCAUGCAAGAUUUAUUUAACAAGACUGCAUGAUAAAAACAUUUUUAAAAAGCACAAAAAUUGACUACCAAUUACUAAUGUAAUACCAAGAAUGAUAGAUGGAUGGAAAUAUUGCAUAGUAUUAAGUCAGUGACAGCCUGAUGGUUUCCAUUCCAUGGUACAUUCAUGUAUAAAAAUGACCCUACGUGUCUGACAGCUAAUAUAACUAUAUAAGUAGUGGUCAUUUGAGAUGUUUAACAAUUAGAAUUAAGUAUUCAGAAUUAUGUUAGUUGGCUGGCUGGUCAGACUUGUACAGGAGCAAGACUGACUUACCACUCCUUCACUCACACAUUUACAAGUCAUUAUAUAGAGUAUUAUAUAGGGAGCAGCAGAAAAGGACACAACGGACUGGAUUUGCACAACAAUUACUUCUGAGUGUAACAGAAACGUAUCAUUACACAAACAAAAUAUUACUGAACCUGAACUGUAACUCUAAAAAUAUAGAAGUAUGAAAAUUGAUAAUCUGUAUUACACACUCCACUGGCUUUAGAGGUUUGGAGACUUUUGGGACACCCUUUAAUGUACUGUAUCAGUGGAUAGGGAACAAAUUCGGAUACUGCCUUAGUCACGGGUUGAAAUACUCUGUCAGAAGAAUGGCAAGACUCUUUUGCACAAAUGCUUUAAAUGAUUUACUAGUUUUAUACUGAAUGAACAAAUCAAAGGGUCUUUUUCAUGAGACGGUUAUACUAAUGCUACCUUGGAAAUUUCAGUUGACUCUGGAAAUGGACUAAAUUCUAAAUGUUUAGCUGAAAUUGUUAAACAUGAAGAAGGCUUCAUUCCUUAAAUUUGUAUUUUACACUCACUGCCUUCUUCACAUGUUUAAUUGUAAAACCCCACUUGGAUUUUAACAAGAAUGUCCUGCACAGUGUUGCACAGGUGGAUUAAAGGUGAACAGUCUCCCGCUGUCUGUACAGUCAUUUAAAUUACCCCCCUUUAGAUUUCUAAUGCAUUCGAUAAUUUUUUGUUUGUUUGUUUGUGCACUCACAUUUUCUCCAUCAUGUUUUGUUGUCAUGUCAGUAUCACCAUGAUGCUGCUGUUUACAGUAUGUGAUGGACAUCCAUUAUAGUGCCACUUGUUUUUUUUUCUUUUUAUUCAUUUACUACAUAUACAGUAUAUAUACAAGCGCUUUAUUCUGCAGUUAAAUUCCUUUGUAAUAUGUGAAUGUGUGUAUGUUUACGGUCUGAUGAUUUUUUUUUUUUUUUUUUUUUUUUUUGCAAUCAAGCUCUCAUUUGUACUGUAUUAUAAAAUUAAAACAAAAAACACUUUGACAUUCUGCUUGAUUUCUAAGCAUGUUCCUUGGAGGAUGGAAGUAACGGAAUGAGAUUAAAUUUAAAUCCUUGAUUUGAA